AUGCUCGGAAUUUGGAUUCUUGGCCUGUUUCUGCUCAGUGCAGCAGAAGGCAAAGAAGUUUGCUAUGAUAGGCUUGGGUGCUUCAGCGAUGAUGCACCAUGGUCUGGGACUGUGGAAAGGCCAAUCUACAAAUUACCCUGGAAACCAGAGAGCAUAGGCACUCAGUUCCUGCUGUACACUAGACAGAACGAGAAUUACGCUCAAGAGGUGUCUGCUGUUGAUAAGUCAACAAUCACGGCCUCAAAUUUUAAUACAAACAGGAAGACCCGAUUUAUUGUACAUGGAUUUAUUGACCACGGAGAAGAAAACUGGUUGUCAGACAUGUGCAAGAGGAUGCUUAGUGUGGAAGAUGUGAACUGCAUCUGUGUGAACUGGAAGAAAGGUUCCAGGUGUCAGUACACCCAGGCAGCCAACAACAUCCGUGUCGUGGGUGCUGAAAUCGCUUAUUUUUUGAAUGUUCUCAUGGAUGACUAUGGAUACUCCCCAGCUCAUGUUCACAUCAUUGGCCACAGCCUGGGAGCACACGUUGCUGGAGAGGCCGGCCGGAGGCGCCCGGGCAUCGGCAGAAUUACAGGACUGGACCCUGCACAACCUUAUUUUCAAAACACUCCAACUGAAGUCAGACUGGAUAAAUCUGAUGCAGAAUUUGUUGACGUUAUCCACACAGACUCAGCUCCCACAAUCCCCAACUUAGGUUUUGGCAUACGCACACCUGUGGGACAUCUUGACUUUUAUCCAAACGGAGGAGAGGAGAUGCCUGGCUGUGACAAGAAUGCUAUUUCACAGAUCGUAGAUCUCGAUGGCAUCUGGGAAGGAACUCGGGACUUUGUGGCUUGCAAUCACUUGCGGAGUUACAAGUAUUACUCGGACAGUAUCAUGUACCCUGACGGAUUUUUAGGCUAUCCUUGUGCUUCAUAUAAUCUUUUCCAAGAAGGAAAAUGCUUCCCGUGCCCAGAAGAGGGAUGCCCAAAUAUGGGUCACUACGCAGACAGAUACAAGGACAAGAUUAAAAAUAAUGAACUCACAAAAUUUUACCUGAAUACUAGAGAGACCAAGAAUUAUCCUCUUUGGAGGUACAAAGUAUCUGUGACCCUCUCUGGAAAGAGCAAAGUAAAAGGAUACGUGAAUGUUGCCCUGUACGGCACUAAUGGGAACACAAAGCAGCACCAGAUCACCAAGGGUACCCUCAAACCAGACAACACUUACAUAGCCUACAUUGAUGCAGAAGUUAAUGUGGGACAGGUUACCAAGGUUAAAUUCCUUUGGAACAACAACUUGCCCAACCCAACUCUUCCUAAACUGGGAGCUGCAACUGUCACAGUAGAAGCUGGGGGAAAUAGAGCACAGUACCGUUUCUGUGGGUCUGAGAUUGUGAGGGAGGAUGUCCUGCUGACUCUGAAUGCUUGCUAACAGCACAUUUGGAUCCCCAAAUCCUUGUUACCAAUAAAAGCACAC